AUGGCAGCAAGCAUUCAUCAGCUGAAUUUAAAUGUAACAAAAUUACUUAAAUCGCAAGUUUUAGUUACAGAUAUAAUCAAUUCUAUUAGGGAAGUUAUUCAAAAUUCGGUUGAUGCAUGCGCCACUCAUAUUGAAGUUAUAGUUGAUUAUGAGAAGCUAUGGUUUGUUGUAGUCGACAACGGUGAUGGAAUUUCACCUGUUGAUCUUGGCUAUGUUUCCAAUUUAAACGCAACGUCCAAGUUAAAUAAUUCGUUUAACCCAGAUGAUAAAAUUAAAACUUAUGGAUUCAAAGGCGAGUCAUUAUUCGGUAUAUCCAAAGUGUCAAGAUUAAAUGUCGUUUCCAAAGUAAAAGAUUAUAAUUCUACAUGGCUACGUGAGCGAGAUUGCCCACCAAAAAUAAUGGAUUCGAUACCAACAAAUUUGAAAUCUAAAUAUAAUUUCGUACAUUUUGAAAAAGGCAAGUCUGGGACAAUAGUUAUCGUUGAGGAAUUAUUUUUUAAUCUUCCUGUUAGAAAACAAAUGGAAGAAAAUGUCCCAGAUUUUAAAAAAAUAGAAGCCUUACGAUUAAAUAUUUUCCAAAUUUUGGUUUAUCAUCCUGCAAUCCAAUUUGAUAUUUAUACUUCAACUAAUGGGAUACAGACACCAUUAUUAUCUGUAGGUGGGUUAACCAAGAGUAAUUUAUCAGACCAUUUAUUGCUAAUUGAGUCCUUUACCAACGUAUUUGGAUCUAUAAUGGAAAAUAAAAAGUUUAAAAAAGUUAAUCUUCGUCUUAAAGAUAUUAGUAUUCAGGGCGUAAUUUCAAAGGCUUCUGUUACAUCUAAACAGUACCAGUUUAUUUACAUCAACGGAAGAAGACUGAUAUCUAAUGAUAUAUUUAGAAAAAUAAAUACUGCCUUUUAUUCUUGUAACUUUGGUUCUGAAGAUAAUGUUAAUGCUCAGAUAAGAAAUAAUAUGAAAUAUAGCAGUAGGUAUCCAAUUUUGAUACUCAAAGUUUCAUGCUCAUUGAGCUUUUUUGAUUUACUUCAAAAUAAUUCAAAGGAUAUCUCUGAACCUUCAAACUACUCUAUUCUUGGUCCUCUCUUAUUGAAGGCCAUAUCUUCGUUUUUGAAACAUCAAGGGUAUUCUGAGACAGCUAUCAGCUCCAAAUCAACACUUCAACGACCGCCAAAUUUUAACAUGUUGAACGUGAAUACUAUUUCGAACUUCAAUCCAAGGGGAUGCACAAGGCCGGCAAUAAUCAAUCCUGCUUCUACAUACUCAUUGGCAAAAAUUAUCCCUAAAGAGAUACAUGGUAUGUAUAAAGCUUCGGGAUCUCUAUCAAUGCUCACCAGGCCAAGAUUAAGUAAUGUUUCAUUACCGAGAAAUAAUUGUUUUAUUACAAAGAAGAAAUAUGAUAUGCCAACCAAAUCCAAUUUACUUGUUCCAAAAAUUUCGAUGGAAAACUUAAAUUGUUUACAGAAUAUCACCAUUACUGAAAAUUCUUUAAAACAGAUACAUUUUAUUAAUCAGUUGGACAGAAAAUUUUUAUUAGUGAAAUGUCACAACCUUAGCAAAAAAGGUUAUUUAGAUUUGUUAGUUAUCGAUCAACAUGCAUGUGACGAAAGAAUUAAGUUGGAAGCACUUUUAGGUGAAUUUAUGCAUACCGUUCUUAAUAAAUCUAUUCCAGUUACACCUAUUAACGACAUUUACCUUCAAAUUGAAAUAUGUGAUAAAGAAGCGUUCCAAUUUUACGAAGGAGAAUUCAAAUUAUGGGGUAUUGGCUAUUCUGUAGUAGAUACUUAUGAAGGUAUUCAUAAAAAAAACAAUGUGUAUUAUUUAAAAUUAUCAACUAUUUCAACAAUUGUAAGAGAAAAAUUUAAAACUAACUGGGAGAAAUUAAAAGUUAAUCUUCUACAGCAUAUAGAUUCUCUUCGCCAUUUAAAAAAGUUAAGCAUUAAGUCAGUUGUUGGGUCUAAAACUAAAGAUUAUAAUUGGUGGGAAUAUACAAAUUAUAUCCCCGUUUUCUAUUUAGAACUAUUUAAUAGUAAAGCCUGUAGGUCAGCGAUAAUGUUUGGUAAUGAGUUAUCUAGAGAAGAUUGUAACCACCUAAUUAAUGAACUAUCCAAAUGCCACAAUCCCUUCCAAUGUGCACAUGGCAGGCCAUCCAUUAAACCCCUUCUCCAGUGGAAUAACACAAAUACAGAACUACCAGAUCUUUCUAAUGAAAAUUAUUGUAACUUUAAUAACUUAGAUUACGAAUAUUAA